CUCGAAAAGUGUCGAACCUCACGUGGUUCCAAUAUUUUUAAUAUGUAUAUUUUUUGAUGUUUUUUUUUAAGUCAUUCAAUCUUGCUUGUAAAAGUUCUGCGGUGUUACCUGUGUUUUUUUUUUUUGUUAUUAAUGUAUAUUUUUCUCUUUAUGGAAAAUGGUGGCUAAAGCACAGUGGCUUUUAAUUUUAGGAAUAUCCGCUCUACAAUUUUCUGGAUUGAAGUCCCAGGAAGAUAAUACAUUAAAGAAUGGCAAAGAAAAGAAGCCACAGUCAGUCAGGGAUCUCUUCAAGACAGGGUCUUGUAUUCCAGCACCAUUCAGAUGUCCACAUCCAAACAUGCAGUACUAUCUUUACACUAGAACAACGCAAGAGAAAGGAGAGUUAAUAGACACACUCGAUAACAAAUCAUUAACGCGUUCAAAAUUUAAUCCAAAACAUCCAACUAAGAUAGUUGUGCAUGGAUUUGGAGGAGGAAGGAAUGUGUCUCCCAGUACCGACAUGAGAAAUGCUUACUUCAAACGAGGCAACUACAAUAUUAUCAUUGUGGAUUACGGGACACUCGUGAAAGAGCCUUGUCUCAGUCAGAUAGAAUGGGCCCCUCGAUUUGCAAGCAUGUGUAUAACUCAGCUGGUGGAAUAUAUACAAUACCACCCAGUUAAAUCAGUUCCGCCAGAAAAGAUACAUACAAUUGGUUACAGUGUCGGUGCACACAUUCUUGGUCUUGUAGCUAACCAUUUAACUGAAGGGAAGCUUGGAAGGAUCACUGGUCUCGAUCCAACAAUAUUCUUCUAUAUGGGCAAUAACAGAUCACGUGAUCUUGAUUACACUGACGCUCUUUUUGUGGACAUACUUCACACUGGUGCAGGCAUACUUGGCCAGUGGGGUCCCAACGGCCACGCUGAUUUUUACGUAAACGGUGGUUCCAGCCAGCCCGGAUGCGCGCAUGAUACAAUUUUCCAAACUCUAUCGUGCGAUCACACCAAAGUAACACCAUACUUCAUUGAAUCAAUCAACAGUCCCGUAGGUUUCUGGGCUGGCCCCUGUCCAAACCUCUUCUCGUAUCUUAUCGGCUGGUGCGAGCCCAAGGACACGGAGUACGUGUUGAUGGGAGAGCAUGUCACGCCUAAGGCAAGAGGUGUUUACUACGUCACUACAAAUGCUCAUCCUCCCUACGCAAGAGGCUUCCCCGGAAAAUCCCGAAGGGUCAGAUCUGUGACUCCAUAUAGUUGAAAUAUGCUAAUAUGAUACAGGAUUUUUUUGUAGCGCUAAUAAGAGAUUAUGUUUCCUACCUCAUAUGUGGUGUAGUAGUUUUAGAAUAGCGCAGAUUUUAAGCUUACUUUUGAGUUUUAGAAUGUCGGUCAGCGCUUCAAAAAUUCAAGGUCAAUAAUUUAUUUCUUUAACUUCUCCAAUAACAUUGAUGAAAAUAAAUUUAAAUUUUUUGACGAGGUAUUUACUUCUUAGUAAUAAGUAACUCAAGAUUAAGAACGACUCAAAAAAUUUGUUGAAAUCAAUAUUUCUUUUCCUUGUCAGUCCUUCUAUACUAAUUACUACGCCUAACAUUUAAACUAAUUAAGCAGGUGCAAAUAUGCUUUACAUCUAUGAUAAUUUUACUCAAAUAAAUGCUUAUGCUUGCCUUUUUAAUGACCAUAUAUUAAGUUGGGGCAGAAAUUUAAUAGAAUUAUUUUGGUAUACUUAAGUGUGAUUAACUGUUUUAAAUGUUUUGGUUUGUAAUUAUAAUUAUAAUGUUUGUUAUAAUUGUAAUGCACCUCCUGCAUUACCAGAUUUUUUUAAAAAAGAAACUAAUGUUAACUUCAACUACUCAUUAUUAUUGUUGAACUAUAAUUUUUCUAUUAGAAAUAUCUUUAAGCCGUUUCAUACGAAUGCCUCUGGGAUCUUGAGUGUGAGUCUUACAAUUAGUCUUAACUGCCAUUUUAUUUUUAAGUACCUACCUUCUAUUUUUAAGUAGCUCGUUUCUCUUAUUCAUUGUACAUACUAUAUUGGUAUUUUGUGAUUUAUUUAUUAAAUUAUAUCAAAUCAAUUUA